AUGCGGUUUCCUCGACACACGUGGCUGGCUCUGGCGGGUUUGCUACCCGCCAUUGUCAAUGCCGACGUUCUCAGCCUUUCGACUCUCGAUUGGGGACUCCGCAACAAGAAUGGCUCCAUUGUCGUCCCAGCGAAGGUGCCCUCGCAAGCACACCUGGACUUGGUCGAGGCCGGAAUCAUCACCGAGCCUCUGCUCGGAAUCAACGACUUCACCCAACGCUGGGUUGCCUUUGACGACUGGACGUACACAGCGGAUCUGAGACCACUCGUGAGAAACCUGUCCCACGGCACGAAAGCGCUUCUCGUCUUCUACGGUCUGGACACCAUCGCGAACAUAACGGUGGCUGGCCACGAGGUCGCAUGGGUCAACAACGAGUUCCAGCAGUAUGUCUAUGACGUCACGGACCUUGUAACGGCCCCUGUGGGCGGCGACACCAACCUGACCGUCGCGUUCGAGUCCGCCUGGACAUACGGUCUUAAUGUCACCUCUCGCCCUGAUGUCGAGUGGGUCGACUUCGGAUUCGAUUUCGAAUUCCCCAAUGUUCGCCAUGUCGUCCGUAAGACUCAAUCCGAUUUCGGAUGGGAUUGGGGCCCGGCGUUCUUACCUGUCGGCAUUUUCAAACCCGCCUACAUCGUCACUCUCAACUCCAAAUCCAGCGAUCACAUCACACCCGCCUCCCAUCCCCUCCUCGCGUCCGCCAGCGGGCCCAUUUUCUUCGAGGAUACAGCGCUCGAGAUCUCGAGAAAAGGCCAGAGCACCAUCACCCAGGCGGACCAGACCGCCGAUUGGCUCGUCAACGUCACCCUCGCCGUCCGUUCUGUCGUCCGCUCGCAUGCUCCGACCGUUACGAUCGACAUCCCCGAGCUCAAAAUUACAUCUGGAGCUCUGUCGGUGUCCUCCAUCCCCGCCGACACCAGCGCGCCGACGUUCGUCCACGCGAGCUUCAUCGUCCCAGCCGACGCCCCUGCGCUCUGGUUCCCGCACACCCUCGGCACCCCCAAGCUCUACAACUUUACUGUUACGUUGUCCCUCGCGCACAGCGCGUCUGCGAGCUUCACGGUUCGCAGUGGGUUCCGGACGAUCGAGCUGAUCCAGGAUGCGUACUCGCAGGAGGAGCUCGACGGGCGCGGAAUCACGCCUGGGGACCAAUGGCACUUCAACGUGAACGGCAAGGCGUUCUACACGGUCGGAACGAACAUCAUCCCGUUCGACCCGUUCUAUGCGCGGAUGACAUCUGCGCAGGUGCGCUGGGUGCUCGAGAGCGCUGUGCUCUCGGGGCAGAACAUGCUCCGCGUAUGGGGCGGCGGAAUAUACCAGCCUUCGGACGAACUCACGGGCGGGUACGACUUCUACUCGGCGUGCGAUGAACUUGGGAUCCUCGCGUGGUCGGAGCUCAUCUUCUCUGACACGCUGUACCCGAUCAAUGACUUCCUGCUCGCGAGCAUCGAUACGGAGGUACGACAGAACGUGAGACGGGUGAAGAAGCACCCGAGCAACACGCAGUGGGCGGGCGGAAACGAGAUCGAGGGUAUCGUGCUGCUGGUGAACUCGUCUUUGGAUAAUGGCACACAUUAUCUCAACGAAUAUCAAACUCUGUUUGGAGACUUCUUGCAUGACGUUGUGCUGAACGAAGAGGAUUCCGUGGCAUACACAGACUGUUCUACUACCAGCGGGGUGCUGAGUCUCGAUCCUUAUGAGAUCCGGUACAGCAACAAGACACCCGGUUUCAUCUACGGAAACUCGGAACGCUACAACUACGAUGCUUCGCAAGCCUUCAACUACAGCACGUACCCCGUCUCCCGCUUCGUCAACGAGUUCGGCUUUCACUCCCUUCCCUCGUUCUACAGCUGGGAGGACGUCCUGGAGAGCCCCGAAGACUUCAGCUUCAACUCCACCGUCGUCGCCUCGCGCGACCACCACCCUCCUGCGGGCGGCUUCGCGUUCCCAAACCCCAAAGCGAACCAGGGCCAAGCCCAGAUGACACAGGGCGUGGAGCUCUGGCUACCCACCCCAGGCACCACCGACUCGAACCAGACCUUCGCCCAGUGGUGCUGGAGCACCCAGAUCUUCCAAUCCCUCAACAUGGUCUCCGAGAUCGCGUGGUACCGCCGCGGCGCCGGCCUCGGCGAGAACAACCUCGGCGCGCUCGUCUGGCAGCUGAACGACAUCUGGCAGGGCGUGAGCUGGUCGUCGAUCGAGUACUCCGGGCGCUGGAAGGUACUGCAGUACGGGAUGGCGGGCAUCUUCGCGCCUGUCGCCCCUCAUCCGUUCUGGUACGCUGGGAACGAGACGCUGGAGGUCAUGGUCGUGUCCGAUCGGUGGGACGCGGUGUCGGGUGAGGCGCAGAUGACGUGGUACGACUGGGCGGGUGGGGAGCUGAACUCAUCCACGGUGCCGUUCGAGAUCGCGCCGGUGAACGGGACGACGGUGUUUGAGGCGACGGGGCUGAAGAACUUGCUGCCGUCGGGCAAGAACGCGUCGGAGGUGUUCAUGCUGGUGAACGUCUCUGCAGAGGUCGAUGGCAAGACGGUGACGCAGGAGCAGGUGUUCACCCCAGCUUCGCUCGCGCUUGCUCCCCUGAUCGACCCCGAGAUCGAGGUCAUCACGAGCGACAGUCUCACUUUCACCCUCUCUGCGAAAGGAGGCGUUGCGGCCUUCACGUGGCUGGACCAUCCGGCGGGCACGGUUGGAUACUUCCGGGAGAUGAGGACGGGGAACCUGCUCAAUGGGUUCUACCUAAUCCCGGGCAUCGACCGCACAGUGCAAUUCGUCCUUAACCCGACGCUAUCCAAGAUCUCCGACCCUGACCCCGCGACGUUUGUCGUGCGCUCGCUGUGGAACAACACCCAUUUGUAG